CCCGUGGCCCUGGGAGCAAUGCCACCAGGACCUCCACCCGGAGGUUUGCCAAUGCCACCAUUGCCCACCCUUCCGCCACCACCACCCAUGCCUGGUGGCAUGCCUCCGAUGCCGCCACCAUUCCGACCAAUGCCACCUUUCCCACCCGGUGGACUGCCUCCACCACCGCCACCUUCCAUGGGCAUGCCUCCGCCCCCACCACCCAUGCACCAGCCGCCAUUCGGCAUGAUGCCACCUCCACCAGGAGCACCCCCACCACCAGACCGGAUGCCGCCUCCUCCACCUUCGCAGAUGGGUCCUCCUGGGAUGCCUCCACCAUUUCCUCCUCCGCCUGGCAUGCGGCCACCACCUCCACCACCGCAGUUUGGUCAAAGGCCACCCACCACCACCUCCACCAGGAUUCGGUCUAAAACGGCAUUAAUUGAAGCUGCCACCGCUGCCAUGUCGACCUUCUCACAGGCUUGA